UAAAACAAAGCAAACCUUAACCUUUGUAUCUAAACAACUUAUUUUAAUAACUUUUUGUUCGUUUACCUUAUCUUACGUCUAAAUAUCAAAUUUUAUUAUUUUUAAUGGUUGUGUAAUUAUGAUGGGGGAAUCUGCUCAGCUAAAUUUGGAAAGUGCUAAAACUGCUUUACAAGACAUCUUGGACACGUUAGAUGAACAAGAGAAUGCUCAAAAACUUUCAGAAGCCAAAACCAAUGCUGGUAAUGAUAUGUUGAAAAUGAUGCAGUACGUGUUUCCUAUGGUUGUGCAAAUUGAAAUGGAAGUGAUAAAGAAGUAUGGAUUUCCGGAUAACAGAGAUGGCAUUAUCCAGUUCACCCAACACAUUGUGACCAUGGAGCGAGAGGAUGGGGAAAUAGCAGAGCUUCAUAAGAAAGUCCGAGCUCACUUUCUUCCUCCUGUCACGAUAGCGUCUGAUGCGACUCCAUGAUUUCAUUAUAUUAUUUAACAUAUUAUCCUGGUAAUCUUAAAGCUUUAUAUAAUUUUUCAAUUUACUGCCACUAGAUGUAGAUUUUUUAUUUUAUAAAUAUAAUAUUCAUAUACUUG